AUGCCCUUACCCUUUCAAGAGUUUCAAGGGAAGGCGCUUUCUUGUUUUCCGUCUUCUUGCUUUUACCAGAAAGAGUACCAGCUUGAGCCCACCUCUGUUCUCAGCCCCCUCACCACCUCCUCCUCCACGGUGUCUUCCUCUCACGGCGGUAGCAGCGCCGUCGGAGUCGGCACCUCCACUGCCAUCUCCGGCGACGCCACCACCGAUGAGCAAUGCGGGCAGAUGGAGCAUGUGCUUCCUGCUUCUCCUCCCCUCGACCACGACCACGACCACGACCAGAGCAUCCUCAGGCUCAUCAUGGGAGACUCCCAAGACCCCUCUCUCGAAUUGAACAGCAUUCUCCAGACUUCUUCAUCCUUCCACCAUUCCGACUACACAUCCCUCGGCUUCGGUGUCGUCGAUACCGGCUUCGGGUUAGACCACUCGGUUCCGCCCUUGUUUCAGACACAAGCCGAGGAGAAGCCGCCGCAUCUUCCCCCACUCCUCAUCAACCAAAGCCAGACUCAUUUCACGCAGAAUCCGGCCGCCUUCUACAGCCACCAUCCUCCGCCGGCAAAGCGGCUCAACAUGGGCUAUCCGGAUCCGAGCAAACAGGGGAUGAUAACGGAACAGCUGGUGAAGGCGGCGGAGGUGAUAGAGCGCGGCGGCGACACGUGUGUGGCUCAGGGGAUAUUGGCGCGGCUCAAUCAACAGCUCUCUUCUCCCGUGGGAAAGCCCUUCGAGAGAGCAGCUUUUUACUUCAAGGAGGCUCUCCACAAUCUCCUCCUCCACAACGCCUCCCAAACCCUAAACCCUUACUCCCUCAUCUUUAAGAUCGCCGCCUACAAGUCCUUCUCCGAGAUCUCUCCCGUUCUCCAGUUCGCCAAUUUCACCUCCAACCAAGCCCUCCUCGAGUCCUUCCACGGCUUCCACCGCCUCCACAUCAUCGAUUUCGACAUCGGCUACGGUGGCCAAUGGGCCUCCCUCAUGCACGAGCUCGUUCUCCGCGACAACAACGCCAACGCUCCUCCUCCUCCCCUUUCCCUCAAAAUCACCGUCUUCGCUUCUCCGGCCACCCACGACCAGCUCGAACUCGGCUUCACUCAGGACAACCUCAAGCACUUCGCCUCCGAUAUCAACAUCUCCCUCGACAUCCAAAUUCUAAGCUUGGACCUCCUCGCCUCCGUCUCCUGGCCUAGCUCCUCCGGUGAAGAAGCCGUCGCCGUUAAUCUCUCCGCUGCCUCCUUUUCGCCGUUGGUCCUCCGUUUCGUGAAGCAUCUCUCUCCGACGAUCAUCGUCUGCUCCGACAGGGGAUGCGAGAGGACGGAUCUGCCCUUCCCGCAGCAGCUCCUCCACUCGCUUCAGUCACACGCCGCUCUCCUCGAGUCCCUCGACGCCGUCAACGCCAACCUCGACGCAAUGCAGAAGAUCGAGAGGUUUCUCAUACAGCCGGAGAUAGAGAAACUGGUUGUGGAUCGUAGCCGUCCCAUCGAGAGGACAACGAUGACGUGGCAAGCGAUGUUCCUGCAAAUGGGGUUCUCUCCGAUGACGCACAGCAACUUCACGGAGUCUCAGGCAGAGUGUUUGGUUCAACGGACGCCGGUUAGAGGCUUUCACGUCGAGAAGAAACAUAACUCACUUCUUCUCUGUUGGCAAAGGAGAGAGCUCGUCGGAGUUUCCGCCUGGAGAUGUCGCUCUUGA